AUGGUCUACGGAAAAACUUGUCAUCUCCCGGUAGAGUUGGAACACAGAGCACUUUGGGCUCUUAAAUUUCUGAAUUUUGAUGCCACUCUAGCCGCCCACAAAAGAAAAGACCAACUCCAUGAAUUGGAAGAACUAAGAGACCAUGCGUAUCACUCCAACAAGCUCUACAAGGACAAAGCUAAGGCUUACCAUGAUAAGAAGGUCCGCUGCAAAAGUUUUCAUGAGGGACAGAUGGUGUUGCUAUUCAAUUCGCGACUUCGGUUGUUUCCCGGUAAACUUAAGUCAAAAUGGUCUGGACCAUUUGUGGUGAAGGAAGUGAGGGACUAUGGAGCCAUUGUGAUCGAGGAUCCCAAAUCUAAAGAAAGCUGGACGGUUAAUGGUCAACGACUUAAGCUUAUCAUGGUGGAGAAGUGGUACGCGAAGCUAGUGCCAUUUUACUUAAUGAUCCGUGAGAGAUCAUCGAACCGUCGAGCUCUAACGACGUUAAAUAAAGCGCUUGUUGGGAGGCAACCCAACGUCGUAAGUGGACUUUGUUAG